CCGGCAAGCGUGUGAGAGAGGGAGUCAAAUAGAAAGAUAGGGAGACAGAGGAAGUUACCCAGCCCAGAAAAAAAUAUUAAAUUAUCAGAGUCUAAAUAGAUAAGGAUAUUGGAGGACAAAAACGAUUUGAAUUUGGGGGAAUACAAAGACUUAAGACGCAAUGAUGACCCAAAUAGAGACGACAGUGCAUUAUAAUAACGGAUUCGGGGAUGAGGAGGACUACAUGAUACAGGAGGAUGAGUGGGACAGGGACAUGUUGCUGGACCCUGCCUGGGAAAAACAGCAAAGAAAGACCUUCACAGCUUGGUGUAACUCCCACCUGAGGAAAGCAGGAACACAGAUUGAGAACAUUGAGGACGACUUUAGGAAUGGCCUCAAACUCAUGCUUCUCUUGGAAGUUAUUUCAGGUGAGAGGUUACCCAAGCCUGACAGAGGGAAGAUGCGUUUUCACAAGAUUGCCAACGUCAACAAAGCCUUAGAUUUCAUCACCAGCAAAGGAGUGAAACUUGUCUCUAUUGGAGCUGAAGAAAUUGUGGAUGGUAACAUUAAGAUGACACUUGGAAUGAUAUGGACCAUCAUCCUCCGCUUUGCCAUCCAGGACAUCUCUGUAGAAGAAACCUCUGCAAAGGAAGGCCUUCUCUUGUGGUGUCAGAGAAAGACUGCCCCCUACAGGAACGUCAAUGUCCAGAACUUCCAUGUUAGCUGGAAGGACGGACUGGCCUUCUGUGCCCUGAUUCACAGACACAGGCCUGACCUCAUCGACUACGCUAAGCUCAACAAGGAUGAUCCUAUGGGGAACCUGAACCUGGCAUUUGAAAUAGCAGAGAAGCACCUGGAUAUUCCCAAGAUGCUGGACGCAGAAGACAUCAUCAACACCCCCAAGCCUGAUGAGAGAGCUAUCAUGACCUAUGUGUCCUGCUUCUAUCAUGCAUUUGCUGGAGCCGAGCAGGCUGAGACGGCGGCUAACAGGAUCUGUAAAGUGCUGGGUGUGAACCAGGAGAAUGAGAAACUGAUGGAGGAAUACGAGAGGCUGGCCAGCGAGCUACUGGAGUGGGUCUGCCGGACCACCCCAUGGUUGGAGAACAGGACUGCAGAGAAGACCAUGGUUGAGAUGCAGAGAAAGCUAGAAGAUUUCAGAGACUACCGCCGCAUGCACAAGCCCCCCAAGGUGCAGGAGAAGUGCCAGCUGGAGAUCAGCUUCAACACCCUGCAGACCAAGCUGCGCAUCAGCAACCGUCCCGCUUUCAUGCCCUCGGAGGGAAAGAUGGUGUCUGACAUAGCCAGUGCAUGGCAGGGGCUGGAGGGGGCAGAGAAAGGCUACGAGGAGUGGCUUCUGACAGAGAUCCGAAAGCUCGAGAGACUGGACCACCUGGCUGAAAAGUUCUGCCAGAAAGCCAGCACCCAUGAGACCUGGGCUAAUGGUAAAGAGCUGAUUCUAUCUCAGAAGGACUACGAGACGGCCACCCUGACAGAGGUGCGGGCGUUGCUACGGAAACACGAGUCGUUUGAGAGUGACCUGGCUGCUCAUCAGGACAGGGUGGAGCAGAUCGCUGCCAUCGCACAGGAGCUCAAUGAGCUGGACUAUUAUGAUGUGGCUGCUGUCAACCAGAGGUGCCAGAGAAUCUGUGACCUGUGGGAUCAACUUGGUACACUGACCCAGAAGAGGAGAGAGGCUCUGGAGAGGACAGAGAAGUUGCUGGAAACCAUUGAUCAGUUGUUCCUGGAGUUUGCCAAGAGAUCAGCACCCUUCAACAACUGGAUGGAAGGGGCCAUGGAGGAUCUGCAGGACAUGUUUAUUGUACACACUAUCGAUGAGGUUCAGAGCCUGAUCUCUUCCCAUGAGCAGUUCAAGGCCACCCUCCCAGAGGCAGACGGAGAGAGACAGGCCGUCCUGGGGAUCCACAUGGAGGUGCAGAAGAUCUCCCAGAGCUAUGGCAUCAAGGCCAACCUCAUCAACCCCUACAGCACCAUCACCACCGAGGAAGUCCUCGCCAAGUGGGACAGGGUGAAGAAGCUGGUUCCCCAGAGAGAAGGCUCCCUCCAGGAAGAGCUAGCCCGGCAGCAUGCUAGCGAGAGGCUGAGACGGCAGUUUGCUGUCCAGGCUAACCUCAUCGGACCAUGGAUACAGACAAGGAUGGAGGAGAUUGGCCGCUGCUCCCUGGAGGUGGGUGGUACCCUGGAGGACCAGAUGACCCAGCUGAAGCAGUUUGAGCACGUCAUCGUCACCUACAAGCCCAACAUCGACAAGCUGGAGGGAGACCACCAGCUCAUCCAGGAGUCUCUGGUGUUUGACAACAAGCACACCAACUACACUAUGGAGCACAUCCGUGUGGGCUGGGAGCUCCUCCUCACCACCAUCGCCCGCACCAUCAACGAGAUCGAGACCCAGAUCCUGACCCGUGAUGCCAAGGGCAUCAGCCAGGAACAGAUGCACGAGUUCCGCUCUUCCUUCAACCACUUUGAUCGGAAGAAACACGGGGCGAUGGACACUGAUGACUUUAGAGCCUGUCUGAUCUCCAUGGGUUAUGAUUUGGGUGAAGUGGAAUUUGCCCGCAUCAUGAUGCUGGUAGAUCCCAGUGCCACUGGCAUGGUGUCUUUCCAAUCCUUUAUCGAUUUUAUGACCAGAGAAACCACUGACACAGACACAGCCGACCAGGUCGUGGCAUCCUUCAGGAUCCUGGCAGCCGAUAAGCCCUACAUCCUGGUUGAGGAGCUGAGGAGGGAGCUCCCCCCUGAUCAGGCAGAGUACUGCAUCUUGAGGAUGGCCCCCUACAGUGGUCCAGGGGGACCCGUGGGGGCUCUAGACUACACUGCCUUCUCCACUGCCCUCUACGGAGAGAGUGACCUCUAACUCUGCAAGAUGACCCCCAAGAUUGACCUUUUGACUCCAGCCAAAACUUCUGGAUGAAAUCCCCUUUAAUCCACUGUAAAAGCAAGGAUUAUGAUUAUUUAAAUGUUGGGAUAUCUGUUUGCUGAUUUGAGAGAAUAGAUCUGGACUAUUUUAGCAAAAGCUUGAUUGAAAUGACAGUAAAGUAUGCCAUUUAAGUAUCAUAAUAGGUUCUAUGAUAGCACACUGAUAACAGUGUAAGGUUAUCAAGUGUGCCUCUCAUACUCCAUUCUAAAAAGUAUUGACACACAUGUUGUUUAUGUCAACAAAAUGUACUUGUGAUAUAAUCAUAGCACAUGGUGCCUGCUCUAUGCUAACUUUUCUCGCAAGUUACCCAAUAUAAAUGAAGAACAAUUUGGCUAAAGGCUAUGAGUGAUUGAUUGAACAAUACGUUACACAGUUCACACAAAAUAUAUACAUCUCAAACCCAAAGCUAAGAGCCUCUUCACACACUUACU